GUCCGUGCUGCCUCCCGCACCUGCUCACCCAGGCUGUCACAGCCUCAUUGUGUCGCUGCCCUUGUGCAAUCUCACCGGCCUCACAAGGUGCCCACCAGUAUGAAAUACUAUGACCCGGCCUCACUGCCCCAGUACCGCGGGUGCUCCCAGCGCCCCAAGCCAGCACGGACGGUGCACUUCCCCAACGACAUUGUCUUCCAGGACAACAUCAGGCUGGGGGACCUGGAGCAGGUGGGCAGGUUUAUCCGAGCCAGGAAGGUCACCUUGAGCACCCUCUACCCCUCUGGCAUGGCAGCCCUCCAUGAAGCCGUACUCUCCGGGAACCUCGACUGUGUCAAACUGCUGGUGCGAUACGGCGCGGACAUACACCAGAAGGAUGAGAAUGGCUGGACCCCCCUGCACAUGGCCUGCAGUGAUGGCCACACGCACAUAGCCAGGUACCUCAUCUCUUUAGGGGCCAGGCUUGAUGCCACCAAUGACAAAGGGGAGAAGCCAUCUGACCUCAUUGACACUGACUCCAAGGACCUUGUGGAGCUCUUUAAAGCUGCCAGGAUGGACUGAGGAGUCUCUCCCUGGUGUGGGGCUCCUGUCGCUCGGACUCUCCAGCAGCAGAGGUGGGGCAAUGUGGUCGUCAGUCCUGGGGGCUGUUGAUCAGGGCAGUUGGGAUGUCUAGGGAAAGCAGAGAGUUUUGCUGUAACGUGUGCAUAGGAGAGCCUAGAGACAGAGAGAGUUCACCCAAUAACUGUACUGUAGGACCCCCGGAUCGCCAGGUGCACCAUGGGGAGAAACUGACCCUUCUCCACUGCUCUCAGCUCCACCGCAGAGCCAGUGUUCAUCUUCAGCUAAAACUGGAUUGGCCAAAAGGGCAGUGGCUGGGACGCACUGGUUCUGGUUGGCACUGGUGUGUGGUCACUGAAGCAGCAGGGGCUGAGCUGGCACCGAGUGGGCUCUGCUGUAUGGAAGCAUGUGCUAUAGGGCCCAGCUGGUGCUGAUAGUGGCACUGUCUCACUGGAAGCAUUAAAGCUGUUUCUUUGAGCUGCAGCUGCUCAGAAUAACCCUUGUCCGUCUGGGACAGAGAGAGAGAGAAGGUUAGCCCAGCUCUCAAGGUGGGAUGUAAUGCUGUACAGAUUAGAUAUCUUGUCAUAAUGUCCGUGUUAAAAGUCCUGUUUUGGAUUGAUCUUAUAGAUUUGCUUUUCUACCAUAGUGUCCAAUGGGUUGACCUGGUGGCCGGGUUCUUUUUGUUACUUUGAAAAUAUUUUUUACUUUUUCAAUAAACUGAUUUCCGGAUA